GUGCUUGCUUUUUGUGGAUUUUCUGAAGGGUGAUUGCAGUGAUCGACUCCAAGCUUCUAAAAUCAUAACGUCAAAAUGGCCGCAUGGAGAUCAGCUGGAUUGAACUACAUCAAUUACUCCAACAUCGCCGCUCGUUUGCUGCGACAGGCCUUGAAGCCAGAUCUGCGAGCCCAAGCUUCUCGACGAGACGAAUCGCACAUCAAAUUCACUAAAUGGCAGGGCGGCAAGCCAGAAAAUGAAAAAUAAUUUCCCUUAGUGUUUGGUUAGUUUAUCGAUCAGACCAUCGCGGAAUAAAAUAGAGGAAGGUUCGUCAUGGUGUACGUGGAAAUCCCACUUUAACGCAUUGUACUACUAGCGAACUUAAUAAACCAUGUGAAAUUGCCGAG